CUAAAAUAUAUACGAUGUCUGUUCCUACAUUUCAUAAUCUUUCCUUCUAUUCAGAUCCUCUGGCCAAUGUCCAGAGGUACAAGGACUUGAUCAAAUCUUUCGAAUCCAUUUACCAUGACACACCUGAUUUCAUCUCGAGAUCUCCUGGGAGAGUAAAUCUUAUUGGUGAUCAUAUCGAUUACUCUUACUUUUCAGCUCUCCCCAUGGCCAUUGAAACCGAUGUUAUUGGUGCGGUUAAAGUUCUCCCUGGUUCUAACGAGGUUGUGUUGCAUAACACUGACCCGGCAUUCGCACGUGAGCUGUUUGUUCUUCCUGCUGAAGGACAAGUCGUUGAGAUUGAUAAGCUGAAGUUUUCUUGGGCCAGUUACUUCAAAUGUGGUUAUAUUGUGGCCCAGAAAUACAUCCAAGAAAAGGGAAACCAUCAACAACCAUUCAAUGGACUUCUCAUCUUAUUUGAUGGAACCGUGCCCACUGGUGGUGGGUUAUCCUCCUCUGCAGCCUUUUGUGUUGCCACCACCAUGGCAGUGUUGCGCGCUAAUGGGGUCACCCAAAUAUCCAAGGAGGACUUGACUCGUAUCACGGUUGUUUCAGAACAUUAUGUGGGGGUGAACAACGGGGGUAUGGACCAAUGUGCAUCCAUUUAUGGGGAAAGAGAUAAGGCGCUUUUGAUCCAAUUCCAGCCCAAAUUAGAAGGUCAAGCCUUUGCAUUCCCGGUUGUGAAACCUAAUGAUAUGGUGUUUUUAAUCACCAAUAGUUUAGUACAGGCCAACAAGAAGGAAACAGCCCCUGUGAAUUAUAAUUUGAGAGCUGUUGAGGUUGCCGUUGCUGCUGAAGUGUUGGCUAAACAGUUCAACUUGAAGCUCUUGCAAGACUCAAACUUGGGCACGGGUCAAUUGAGAGGGUUUAUGGAGACUUAUUACCUACAAGAGAAAGGUGUCCCCUUAUGGAACAAUGACAUUGAUCAGGGGAUAAUACAAUUGAAUGGGGUGUUGGCCCUAUUGGAGAAGAUUUUCGAUUCCGAGGAAAAGAAAUCUGGACAUUUUUACACCACGGAAAACACCGCCAAAGUACUCGGACUUUCUACAGAAGAAUUCCAAGAAAAAUUCUUAUCACAAUUCCCAGUUCGUUAUCAAUACCUCAAACUUUAUCAACGCAGUAAACAUGUAUAUAGUGAAUCUUUACGGGUGUUGGAAACUCUUAAACUCUUAAGGGAACAAACUGAUGGAGCGCGAUUUUUAUCCGAAUUCGGCAGGUUGAUGAAUGAGUCCCAAGAAUCAUUAUCGCUGCAAUUUGAAACUUCUAGAGAAGAAUUGGCCACCCUCUGUCAAGUGGCACUUUCCCAUGGGUCGUAUGGUUCUAGAAUUACCGGCGCUGGGUUUGGAGGGUCUGUGGUUCAUCUUCUUACAACCGACAAGGUGGAGACUGUACAGAGGGAAUUACGGGAGAAGUAUUACAAGAAACAAUUCCCAAACAUUACCGAGGAAGAAAUUCAAGCAGCAAUGACAGUAUCCAAGUCGGGCCUUGGCACGUGUGUUUUGGAAAAGACUGAUGGUAGUUGGGACUUUUAGGUAUUAAAAAAAAAACAUUCCAUGGGAUAAAUAAAAAAUAAAAAUAUUAAUACACUUA